AUGAAGUGCAGUCUAUGGGGCGCCAGGCUGUCCCUCACGCGGGCUCUCGCUUACGACGCCGCGGCUGUGAUGCUCUCGCAGCCCUUCAGCGACAUCUGGGACUACGACCAGAGGCUGCUGAGGCGCGUGCUGUGGCCCAGGAUCAAGGAGGACACGAUGAGCCACGACAGUUACUUUUGCCGCGCCAAGGAGUUCCGUGGUCUCCGCCAACGCCCACGACCCUUCCCAACGCAGCGUGAUGGCCGGAACUACACAGGCUUCGGGAGGACCAAGAUGGGCGUGGCGGAGAGCCUGCCGCCCUGCCCCGUUCCCUGCAGGCCACCCGCCCAUGUGGACUGGACCUUCUGCUAACCCCAGCGGGACCUCUACUAUUUAAUUAAUGCCUUUCUGUUCCUCAUUUCUUUCUUAAUUAUAUGGUUUAGCUGAGUUGAUACCACACAAAUACAUUUAGAUGUGUGUGUGUGUGCGCGUGCGUGCGUGCGUGUAUUAUAUGUAUAUGUAAAGUACAUAUAUGUAUGUAUGUAUAAUAUGCGUAUAUAGAAUAUAAGUACAGUA